AUGGGGCGUGUCAGCCUUCAGCAUUCCCCUCCUUUCACUCCUUUCCCUAUCUCGCUGAGUUUCCCAAUAAUCCGUGUCACCCCGCCUUUGUUUCAAGACUGUAGCACACCAAAGCGAUACCCAGCGUUCUCGUUGAAGUUCAUCCAAAGGGUGAUGUCGUUCAGGGCCAGUCCUGGAGGUCAUGGUCCCAAGUACCUUGUGAAUGAGCGAUGUCCUCCAACCGCAGGAGCUCCCGACGGCUCGCCCAUUCCAUUUAGUCGGGAUUGGGACCACGGCGAGUUGAGCACCCACGCACCUAUCGUGCGAGCCCGCCCAGGUGCAAGAGGAAGCCCGAAGCCCUCGACGGGAUCAAGCUUCCGGUCAACCGCGUCGUCCGCUCCUAUCCCGAUUCCGAUGCCAACGUCUGCCUCAAACGCCAAGUUGUCCUCGACGAGACCGAGCACGCACACCGUAACGAGUGGAGGGGGUGCAAUGGUGCCUCCCACAAGGCGGGAGCAUCCAAUUUCAUCGCCCCCUCGACAAUGGAAUUCGACAGCGGAUUCCGAAGCGACGCACUUUGCGAUGGAUUACAGUGGCCAACCCAGUUCUCCGCCUGUCAACCGAGGAACUCGAAUUCUCCAUGGCUCUCCCCGAAAGACUAAUUCUAGUCCCCCUUCACAUACAUUCCCAAACAGAGUUGUAGUGUUGGGUCCUUCGACAUCUUCGCAUAAGCACCACCACCGACCUUCAAAUACUGGGCCAGGCCCGGGCCUGGGAUCUUCUCCCCUUCUCGAUGCGGGAACUUUGUACGGCUCCCAGGACAAUUUAAAGUAUCAUACGCACAGGGCGAUCUUUCUAACCAAGGCGAAGGAUAGGAGGGGGAGAAGUGUGAGCCCCGGGAGGGGGAAAGGUCAUCUCCUCCCAGAAUCAUUUCGACCGUCCACAACCGUUUUCGACCAGCGGAAGCUUCAUCCUCGACCUUGGAGCCAGUUGAGCAUCCACAGUCACAUCCAUGCCCACGGGGGUACCGCCAUCGCGGGUCUCGAGGCGUUGUGGUGCAGUGACAACUCUGUACCACCCGAACAAACGGAGGUGUUUAAGCAGACAGAAGAUUCGGUGAAAGAGGCCCUCAAAUCGGUGACGAUGUUGUCCAUCGAGGUCAUUGUCAAGAUCCUUGAAUCGGGAGUGCUGGAGUACGUCCCCAUUCCUGGGUUAAACGGUGUGUCGAAGGGAUUGGUGAAAAUCUGGAAAGUUGUCAAAGGCGUGACGAACAAUCGACUCCGCCUACUUCGACUGACCCAGCGUUGUGCUCAUCUUCUGUUGAGUAUCAAGAAGGAUGUGGAAUCUGCCGGCGAGCGGGUCCACAGUUCGCUCCAAAACGCUCUGGAUGCGUUACAACAUGCCUUCGACAAAGUCCGCCUCCUCGCAGAGAGUCAGAUAGAGACCCCGUUCUUGCAACGAUUGGUUGGCGGGGGAAACAUCGACGCAGAGUUCGUCCAAUGCGACGAGGAGCUGAACGAGGCGCUUCGAAUGUUUUCCCUCUCUGUGCAGAUAAGCACAAUGAAGCUCGUCGUGGAAACUUCGGACGGGCUGCGCCAACAGAAUGAAGAGUUGAUGAAGAUGAUGCACGGUCGCAACCUAUCACAAAGCAGCUUGGGACACCCGCAAUCUUUCAAACGACGCGGAUCAGUAAAUCGGUCACCUUCUCCUAACUAUCGCCUAUCCGAGCGUCGUCCCUCGACGUCCGAUUCCAGACGAUCCUCCAUGGCCGAAUCGAGGUCGAGCACCCCAUCCGACCUUCACCGCUCCAUGUCACUCGCACAAAGUGGUUCCAUCCACCGUCCCACUGCAUCCUCGAGGAACAAACAGGUCAUCCCUAUCGCCAAGACCGUUUCCGAGCCGGUACAUCACCAUACGCCCAACAGGGGUUCUGUCGCUAGGCGCACCAGUACCCGACGCCCUGGAAGUUUCGGCAGCGGGAAAGAAGUCCUUGGAUCGUCUCCACGGAGUAGGUACCACCCAGAACUCGAGGACCCAAUCGAGAAAAUCAAGCAAUAUCAACGACUGCAGAACGAAUUGGACCGCCAAUCGGACCUCAAUGACAUGAAGCAAAUCAUCAGAGAAACCCUGGCAGAGGGAAAGGACUCCUUGGUGAUCAAGUUGCUGCAGAUUGACAGUCGCGACUAUCCACAGGCGAUCCUGGUUCUUGAGCACGAGUUGAGGGAGUAUCAGACCGGGAGGAAGGGAAACAUUGCUGGGGAGGGCGGAGGGAGCGACGAACGGGAAGAGCAUGCAAAACUGCAGAUAGACUUGUUACAGCGUGGUAUUGAUGCCAUGAAGAGGAUGACCAAGCAGGAGGAUCUGGCCAAUAUACCUGAAUGGGCGAUCAAUAAAUUCAAGAUUAUCGAGCUUGAAACCAUCGGCUAUGGCUCCUUUUCCACCGUUCGACGCGGUCUUUGGAAUGGCCGAACAGUCGCCAUCAAGAUCUUGUCCCCCAAGACCAAAAGGACCGUUUUUGAGAACGAGAUGAGGAUAUGGAGGACGCUCUCGCACCCCAACAUCCUCCCUCUGUACGGCGGCAGCAACUCGACGGAAGAGCCGCUUUUCUUUGUGAGUCUGUACGCAAGGUACGGGAAUCUAGUCGACUUCUUGCAGGCCAUCCGGCAGAACGACCUUGACGGUGUCUUCGGGGCUAUGUUGAAGGAAAGAGAGUCGGGGCGGGGAACGGGAAGUACCUUGAAGGAUUCUAAUCCUGUUGGUGGUGCCAGGAAGAGGUACUCAGGUGGCGGAGGUGUAAGCGGGUCGCCUGGGACGAAGGAGAUGAGGGAGCAGGCGCAUCACAAUCGGUGGCAAGGGGUUGAGAGGGAAAGAGAGAGAAGUUCUGGGAUUAGUAGCUCGACGGAUGGGACGGCGGAGCCACUUCACACUCUUCCCCUAUCGAAGAGUGAGAGCAAAUUCAACCACUGUCAUAUCCUAAAGGAAGGGGAUUUGUAUGGGUUUAUGGUGGAUAUCGCAAAGGGAAUGGAGUACCUUCAUGAGAACGGGGUACUGCACGGGGAUUUGAAGGCAUCCAAUGUCUUAGUUAACGAUGAUUUGACUUGCGUGAUCUCCGACUUUGGCCAGAGCGAGCGGAGGAAUGAUAUUUAUCGAGCUAGCGGUUGGACCCCGAAGGGAACGGCGAGAUGGAAAGCGCCUGAGUUGUUGACCGGAGUUGAAGGGGGUUUGACGCCGGCCAUCGACGUUUACGCCUAUGCUAUUACUUGCAUUGAAAUCUUGUCCAUGGGCGACAUUCCGUGGGGUUCUGCAGAGGAUAGCUCCCUUGCAUAUCGCGUAGUGGUGGAGCACCUCCGACCGCCCGUCCCAGAAGACUUCCGCCAUCCACAUCUGGAGGAGUUGUUAGAACAAUGGUGGCACAAAGACCCACGUGCCCGACCCGAGUUCAAGGCGAUAGUUUCUUCUCUGGAGGCUGUCGGACACCAUAUCGAAGCGGGGGCGUUGGAUGAUGUACGAAGGAGGAUGUCACAGAGCGCCGCCUCCCUUCAAUCUGUAGAGGAUGUAACCUUGCCGGAUCAUAGCCCUCGUUCCGCGGACAGUGCUUCUGUUCUGACGUCGCCCUUUUCCCCGACGAUGUCCGUUACGCCACCGGAUGGAGGGCGAAGCUAUUUCCCGGUUUGGGUUGCAAGUAACUUCAAUGACAUGCACCUGAGCCCCAAGAGCCAGAAUAGUGGGAGGUUGUUGGAUGAGAACUCGCCGACAACGAUGCCCACCCCGAUGCUCCCGAACCGUUCUGAUGGGAGCAGCUGGGGGGCUAUCCUGGCGCCUCGUUAUAGUCAAACUGACCACCUGGAGAUGGAACAGAGCAAGUCCCCUACCCCGCCACCCUCUUCGCCUCUGCCAGGAAACGAACAGAACUUCACAUCGUCCUCGACAUUGAUGAAGGCUUCCGACAGUCGUCAAAAGAGCGGUUCGAUGGAGCCAUUCGAGGGAGAUCCGUCAGGAUUUGUGAAGGUCAACUACGAUGACUUCAAGAGCCCUCAGUCGUUGAUGAUACCGACGACUACUGAGGGUGAAAUUCGUGACGAGGACCUCUAUCGUCUCGUACGACAUGAUUUCCACUGGAGCCUGAGAGUGCCUUUGUGGAACCCAGUCCUGGUGGAGGUUGGUGAUGUAGGGUACAUGCACCCCCGGACACAAACUUUCGUCACCCUCUUCAACGCUUUCGAGCCCUGCUACACUCCAACCAACACCGCAAUAUCCAUCCCUUCCAUCAUGGGAUUCGGUGACCCCCUCAGGCGACAUAUGAGAAUUCAGACGCAGAAGUCGAAGAAGUUCUUCCGUACGUUCAGCUACAAGGUCGAUGUUGAAGCUGGUCGGCCCAUGGCGCAUUGUUUCUGCGAGUUUCCGGAUUGGUAUUACAUGGAGAAUACGAGGUCUCCGCAGGCGUGGUUCAAAGCUUCGAUUGACGAGAUUAUGGAGUUGCAUGGGGAGAAGCACAACAUUGCGAAGGAAGACGUGUUGUUGGUCGUUGGAUCGCUUCAGGCGUCGAGAUAUAGUUUGUUGAUCAGUCAUAACCAUCCUUCUGGCACGGUCGAGUUCACGGGUAAUUCAGGCAAGAAAGGUCGACCUUGGGGAAGCUUUGGGCCGAUCUCGAUUCAAGGAAGCGGGAGUUCUUCAGAACGCUAUGUGACAGCGAACAGGGUCUCUGAUAGCGAUUCUUCUCAGAAGGCGCUCUUCUUGGCUGCGCUACAUUUCCCUCCUGAUGCAUUGGAGCCGACGUUGAAGUAA